AUGUUCCAAUCUGCUUACAGCUAUUACUCGGAGGAAACAAAUAUUAUUGCACCAGCGGCUCGUACAAAAGUGGGCACUGCUGCGCCAAAACUGUAUGGCAAGGAAUUGCGCGACAUCGAUGACACUGAUCUGGAAAAUCUGCUUUCGAAACUCUCGGCCGAAGAGCUGGAAGAUCUGAACAGUGACCUCGACCCGGAUGUAUGUAUUCUUUUGAUUCUCCUCCUCUUUUUGCAUCGAUACAAUUCAAGCUGA